AAGUGGGUGUGUGUGUUAAAGACGUUAGAGGAAGAGGAGGAGGAGGUCAACUGCUCUGCCAGAGUUUGGAAAAACGUGAGGCUGUCGCCACUCUGCAGCAAAGAUAAACAGCCGUCAUGUUUCACUCUGUGCCCCGUCGUCCCAUCUGCGAGAUCGGCGUGAAUACAUUGAGGCUUCAGAGCAGCCGGUCAUUCAGGCAGACUGUGGAGGAGGGCAGAGGGAAGCUUGAGAGGGUCCCAUGGCUGGGCAGGAGCAUGGGCCUGCUGCUGUCCUGGCUGCAGAGGGCAGGUGUCGAUGCCAGCGAGGCCGCAGGAUCUGGUCGGCAUAGGAAGGGCUUGCUCUCCAUAUUUGCAGACCACUGCAGCUUUGUGACCGGCCAGAGGCUCCGGCGUGCAUGUCAGAUCGGUGAGCUUUACUCAAACCUGUACUCCGAGAGGACCAAGUGGACCCUGGUUGGGAGCAUAUGGCGCAGAUUUCAGAGCAAGCACGCUCCCAACGGGAAACUUCUCGCGGCCCUGGCUGGCGUCUUCAUGUGGGAGAAUGAGAAGAUUCAAGAUGAGGAAAUCCGCAGGUGUGGACUUGAGCUACAGGCACUGGAAGCUGUGAAAUCUCAAAAUACGUCAGUAGGAACAGUGGCUGGACAACUGGAGCCUGGCUGGGAAGUUGUGAUGGAGAAGAAAGACUUUAGAGUGUGGAAGCGGCCUAUCCCAGACAGUCACCUCUAUGAAUACAGAGUGUUGGGCUCCUACAGCGAUGUCACACCAAGACAGUUCUUCAAUGUGCAGUUGGAUACAGAGUACAGGAAGAAGUGGGAUUCUCUGGUUAUCAAGCUUGAAGUGGUGGACAGAGAUGCCACUACAGGCUCUGAAGUUGUGCACUGGGCUACACACUUUCCUUAUCCCAUGUACUCGAGGGACUAUGUGUAUGUGCGGCGGUACGAUGUUGACUUGGACAACAACUUGAUGGUUUUGGUAUCCAGAGCUGUGCAGCAUCCCAGAGUUCCAGAGUCUCAGGACUUUGUGAGAGUUCAUUCAUACCAGUCAAAGAUGGUCAUUCGCCCUCACAAGUCCUUCGAUGAGAAUGGAUUUGACUACCUGCUAACCUACAGUGACGACCCUCAGACUGUCUUCCCUCGUUACUGUGUGAGCUGGAUGGUGUCAAGUGGUAUGCCUGAUUUUCUGGAUAAGCUGCAUACUGCUGCCUUGAGGGCCAAGAACUUGGAAGUGGGAAUCUACGACUAUGCAGGUGUCAUUAAAUCCACCGACACCAACCGCCAGCCAAAUCAGGAGCGCCUCACUGGAGAAAACAAACAUACAGGUGGUCCUGGGCAGAUCUACGCUUGAGAUGGAUAUUUUAUAAACCGGGGUUAUGUUGGUGUGUCUUCACUAACACUUGAACCCUGAAUCAAACCCUCCAACCCCAACUUCUUGGGUACAUUGUGUGAACUUCAAAUGGAACCAACAUUAGUGUGAAACAUAUGUCCAUCCAUAGACAUGGUUAUAUUUGUUGUAGAUGAGAUGUCACAAGAACAAUGGGUGACAGUGUUACUGUCCUUUUGAGAAAAUGUUGCCAUGGAAAUUGUCAUUCAGGCUGCUGGCCUUGGUACUAUUUUUGCUUUGCCAGCCAAUGCCAUGCGGCAUCUUUUGCUGCCUUUGGUAAUGAUGUAUGUUCUGCAACCGUUGGUAAGAUUGAGCCAAAAUUCCUAAUUGUAGAGAUGCUUUUGCCAAAGCACUGUUCGUCUCCUUUUAACGUUCUAUGUCUUGUCUUCCAUUCUUUGACAAGACUCUACUUUAAAGGCUAUUCAGAGCGCCAGCAGCCACAUCACUGGAUUCAUUUCUGUUGCACAGCAUUGGACACACAACAGUAACUAUGACUCUGGUGGACAUUGUUACUGAAAUGUAAAGCUGGGGCGAAGAUUUCCGCACUGACAGAUGAAGAACUGAGGCCCCUGAGGGGAACACUGUCUAACAUGUUUCUUCAUUUCAUGUAUUUAAAGCAACUGGUCUCCUGUUUUCUUGCAGCAUGAGUGAUUGAUCUUAAUAUGACUGGACAAGAGGAAUUUGAAAAAACAAAAUGAUGCCAUUAUUAGAUAACAUGUCCACAAAAGUUAAAAUGAAAACCAUAGGGCUUCUCUUUUUGUUUUAGGGGAUGUCAUUAUUUUGCUGUCAGCACACUUCAGGUUUGACACUAUCCAUCUCACCGUGUCUGUGUGACUAUUUGAAACUGCCAGCGUUGACAAAACAGCCUUCUGAAGAUAAACCGGUCCUUCAGCAGUAGGGGCAUAGUGUCUUAUAACAACCACAUAAAUCCUCAGAGACAAUGGUACAAAUGCACUGCAGUUACGCAUUUUGAUAAACUGAUGCCCUUUUUAGAGAAACACAGAGCACUUGUGCCAUCUCACAACCAAAUGCAUUUCAUAGUAAAAAAUAAGUUGUCCCAUUUCAGCUCAAAUUGUUUUGCUAUCUUGGUGUUAACAACAGUUGUAGUAGCAAACUGUAGGUUGCACUAGUGAAGUCAUGUGUUGCUGUAGAUCUUGUACAUUCAUAAAACCAUCGCCGGAAUAUUGCGAAAAACUUGUUCUUAUGAGUAUCACAAGCUCUGUUAUGUUUGUCCUCUGCAUCGUGAUGCUACCGUUUUUGUCAUAAAUAUUUGUCCUACUGAAACUCCAUAGACCUCAUCCUUCCAAAUCUGUGUUGUUUUUGUAAUUAAUGGUUCGCAGGGGGUGUUAUGAAUGUACGAAGAGCACUACAUGCUGUGAAAUAAAACAUCGCCUAUAUAUAAUAAAGUACACUGUUUACAGCCUGACAAUCUGGCACAAAUAUCUUGAAAUUUAAUUGUGUAAAAACAUCUCAUCUUGUACUCAAAAUUAAUGUCAUAUUUGGUUAAGGUGGAACAUUGGAGUGAAUCAGCGGUAGUGACUGUUUUUAAGGUAAAGCAGUAUCGUGGGUUUCACUGUUGUGAAGGAAAUCCCUGUGUAUCCAGUAUUCGUUAUUAUAUUCCCAUUGUGUCAAACAUAUGUAAUCCUUUUCUGUAGUGAAUUAUUUCCUGAUAUUUAAUUUUUAAAAAUGGCAGAGUAGGUUGUGAGAUAUGAUUUUUCUGUCAAAAGUAUGAGGGAUAUUAUUACUUUUUGACCUUUUAUCUUGUGUGGACAAGAACAGAACUGUGAGACUCAAAAGAGAUCAUAAUAACCCCGUAAACGCUGCAAAAUGUUUGCUAAUGUUCAGCCUGCGAAUGUAACAUUUUAGUGGUUUGUCAUUUGUGGACACCUGUGUGCCACCUGCAGUAGUCUAAGAGUUGUCACAUACUGUUGUUCUUUCUUUCUGCAGGCAGUAUAACAUUUGUUGUCAUGAACUACCACAUGGGAAUUAAUUUAGGAACUGAAUUAAUGUGUGGAAAAUUGAGUGGUUGCACUUGUGACCUUGUGAUUUUAAGAAUGACUGAAAUGGUAAAGCGACUAAUCCAAUAAAAUAAAGAGAUCUUCAUGUGCA